AUGUCAACCAAACAAUGUACAGCGGAGAAGUUCUCCCAGAUCAAAUUUGACUAUCUUGUCGUGGGGGGCGGAACAGCAGGUCUUGUUGUUGCUGCACGACUCAGUGAGGAUCUGAAUAUACUUGUAGGCGUGUUGGAAGCAGGACCUCCUGUUUUCGAUGAGCCUGCUGUCAACGUACCUGGCAAGUUUGGGCAAACGAUAGGUACAAAAUAUGACUGGGAUUUCAAGACAACACCCCAGAGCGGCCUCAAUGGAAGAGAGCUGCCAUGGCCGAGAGGAAAGAUGCUGGGUGGGACAAGUGCGAUGAAUUUCAUGGUCUGGAAUCGCGGCUGCAAAGAAGACUAUGAUGCCUGGGAAGACCUGGGCAAUGCAGGUUGGAAUUGGGAAGGCCUCCGGUCCUACUUCCAAAAAUCAGAACGCUUGCAGUUGCCACCGAAGGAGCUGGUGGACAAAUUCCAGGGUCAUCACACCAUUUCGGAUCAUGGUAUGGAGGGGCCUGUCUUUACCACGUACCAACCCUUUUUUGCCGAAACCCACAAGUAUUGGCAUGCUGCGCUACAGAAUCUGGGGGUCGAGACCAACACAGCACAUUUUGGAGGCUCUAAUGUCGGCGCCUGGACGACUUUGACCAGCGUGGAUCCCAAAACGCAAACGAGAAGCUAUUCGGCGACGGCGUAUUACGUACCCUCCGCCUCGAGAAAGAAUCUCUUUGUGCUUACCGAGGCAAUGACCACAGAAAUCAUUUUUGGACAGCACCGUCGACAGAACGACCUGGUAGCUAGAGGGGUCAGCUUUACUGUCAAUGGUGAGAACAGCAGCUUUGUAGCCUCCUGUUCCCGCGAGGUGAUCCUUUGUUGCGGUGCGGUUGGUUCUCCCCAGCUACUUGAGCUGUCAGGGAUCGGCAACCCUGAAAUCUUGUCUGAGGCAAACAUCGUUCCGAAGGUGUCGAAUGUGAAUGUUGGAGAAAAUCUACAAGAACACAUGAUGAGCGUCGCUGUGUACGAAUUAGUCGACGAUGUGGUAACACCACAAGACCUUGCCCGUGCAGAAUUCGCGCAAGAAGCCGAAGACCUAUACAAAAAGUCCAUGACAGGGAUUCUGACCGCCACUCCAGGCUCAAUGGCAUACUUGCCUUUGAGAACAUUCGUUGGGGAAGCACAAGCUUCGCGCCUGGAGCAGGCGGCACAAUCGUGCGUGUCUAAAGAAAAUCCCAGCAUCGGGCAACGCGAGCUGGCAUUGAAUCGGAUACUGGCACGGCAAUUUUCACCUGAGUCGCGCCUGGGUCAGGUGGAGUACAUCCUGGAUCAUCAGAAUUACAGCCCCUUCUUCGAGAGCGUGCCGGGCAAGAAAUACGCAUCGUUACUGCAGAUUUUGCAAUAUCCAUACAGUCGGGGAUGCAUUCACAUCGACCCAUCAUCACCGCAUGAGAAGGUAUUCGUUGACCCUCAGUACUACCAAGGCCCAGGUCAACUCGAUCUCCAGAUCAUGGCUAAGGCACAGAUCUUCGGUGACAAGAUUGCCAAGACGAGACCACUCAACUCAAUCAUCACGAAGCGUGUUCAUCCUCCAGAGAAGGCGACCGACUCAGAGAGCGCAUGGACAGCUUGGCUGGGGGACAACACAAUCACAGACUGGCACCCCAUUGGGACAUGUGCCAUGUUGCCCCAGGACAAAGGCGGUGUUGUGGAUUCUGACUUGAAGGUAUAUGGGACAGCGAAUGUGAGAGUCGUUGACGCUAGCAUCUUCCCGCUACACGUGAGCGCACACAUACAGGCUACCAUAUAUGCAGUAGCGGAGAAAGCAGCAGACCUGAUCAAGCAAUCAUGGUCUCGAGCACCUGCCGCAAAGCUGUAA